AGUCGAACGCCGUUCGCGCACACGAUAAGUCACGUGCUCAAACUAGCUCCGCCAGCCCGGUCUAGCCGCCAACUGCAUCUGCCUCUGCAACUAGCAGCACGCAAAGCUACAGCUCAGCAACAGCAACAUCAACACAGUAGUGUCAAGUGCGCAGGAGCAGCGAGUAAACACUGGUCACCACACACAAUGGAUCACAACAUGCACGUCAAUGCGCCAUCGCUGCAUCACUGGGGCUACGCCGCCGGACCCGGCGUGGUCAUGCCCGGCGCCACCGCCACCACACCCCAGAGCCACUGGGUGCCGCCGCCGCAGAGCCACCACAGCGCCCACAGCAACCACAGCCACGGGCAUAGCCAGGGCCAUAGCCACGGCAUCGGCAGCCUGAAGCGGACGCUUUCCGAGAGCGACUGCGACGAUCUCUACUCCGAGGAGUCCUCCAAGGAACAAAUCUCGCCCAGUGAGCCGGGCAGCUGCCAACUGAUGAGCCGCAAGAAGCGACGCGGAGUGAUCGAGAAGAAGCGGCGGGAUCGGAUCAACUCCUCGCUCACCGAACUCAAGCGCCUGGUGCCCUCCGCCUACGAGAAGCAGGGAUCCGCCAAGCUGGAGAAGGCCGAAAUCCUUCAGCUGACCGUGGAGCAUCUCAAGAGUCUGCAGUCUAAAACUCUCGACUCGCUUAGCUAUGAUCCGCAGCGAGUGGCCAUGGACUACCAUAUCAUUGGGUUCCGCGAGUGCGCCGCAGAGGUGGCCCGCUAUUUGGUCACCAUCGAGGGCAUGGACAUUCAGGAUCCUCUGCGCCUGCGCCUUAUGUCCCACCUCCAGUACUUUGUGCAGCAGCGCGAACUGUCGGCCAAGAGCUGCGCCAGUCCGGGUGGCUGGUCUCCGGCUGCUCCCAGCUCCUCCGGCUAUCAGCCAAACUGUGCGGCUGCUCCCUACCAGAGCUAUGCGGCGCCAGCCAACCCGGGUGCCUAUGUGUCCAGCUACCCCACACUAAGUGCCUCGCCCUCUCAGCAGGCUCAGCAACUGGGAGGACGCACCAGUGUCUCGCGGACAAGUGGAAGUGCCGUAACUGAAUCGCUGCCCAGCCAUGAUCUCCACUCUGACAGCAGCAGCCAACAGCAGCAGCAACAGCAGCAGCAACAGCAGCAGCAGCAGCAACACCAACAGCAGCAGCAUCAGCAGCAACAGCAACGGACGCAGACAACACCUCAGCCGACGCAGCAGCAACACUAUACCCACGACCACAGCGCAGUGCAUUCCGAGCAGCAGGUUCCCACCUACAUAGAGCUGACCAACAGCAAUCGUCCAGCGGCCAUAGGUUCCGAUAGCCUUAGCUAUAGUGCUGCUCCUCAGUAUCCGGUCAGCGGACUGCCAGGCCAGGACUACAACAACUCCAGUGUGCUGCAGUACGCCACUCCCAACGGAGCAAAGCCCUAUCGUCCUUGGGGCGCCGAGAUGGCCUAUUGAUUGUGGGCAUAAGCCUCAGAAGGGAUAUUUCAACCUCUAGUCAGAGCAGACCAAGUGUGAUAGUCUUAAGUUUCGCAUCCUACACAGAGAGAAAAAAAUGGAGAAACAACGCAGUGAGAUUAGCUAGUCCCGUAAGCCUUUAAGCUUAAGUUAUACCCUAUGAUAACUAUAACUUUGAACACUUUGUGAAUCUAUUGUAAAUAAACGCAUGAGUGUAUAAGUG